CAUCAUUUAAUACAACUUCAAUACAGCAAAAAUCUACUGCAAACAAGGCGAAAUUUCUGAAAAAAAGCAAAUUAAGAUCGAAGGGAGGGAUCCCACCCACGGGAUCAAGCUCCAUUCUUCUCCCUCACGGCUCUUCCCCAAAAAUUCCUCUGUUCAGAAAUUACCUAAGAGAAUGAAACCCAGAAUAUGCUAACUCUCCGAUGACUCCUCUGGAAGCUCCACAAAAUCUCCCUUUUCUAUUCUUCGAAAACCCAGACGAGAGUUCAAAAAUCAGAUCCAGAAAUCAACCAAAGAACCCCCCUCCUUUUUCAAUUUACCGGUUCUUCCUAUUUAUACCCAAUCAAACAAAACCCUAACUCCCUUCUUCUCUCCUCAUCCAAACCCUUCAAUUUUUCUUUUUUUCCUUCCACCGUUGAUCGGGUGAAGCCAAAACUGGCCCUGCAGAACAGCCAAGAAAGCUGGAGCGUGAUGUCAUCCUGCAGGUUUGUCUCAUGCUCGGUUGGCUGCAGGGACAAAGGCGCAGCAGCAGGGUCAACGCAGCAGGGGGCGCAGAGCAAGGGAAUCUGGGUGCGAUCGGGGUGCACGCUUGGUGCAGCAGGGGCGCAGGGCGCAGAGCGCAGGGCCCAGGGGCAGGGGCCUAAGGCGCAGGGAAAUCUGGGAAGGUUCGGGCGCGGGGGGAAGAUCUUGGUUGCAGAGAAGGGAUAUGGUUUGCAUCCUAUCUAUGGUGGGGACACUCAACUACAACGCAUUGUGAGAUGGAGUUAUGUGUUGACUCAUAUCCAAAUGGGUUGACUCAAAUGUAAAUGGGUUCAGUGUACCUUAUACCUUUUAAAUAAAUUUUUUUUAUUUAU